AGAGCGCUGCGAUGAUUAGAGCCGCAUAUGCGGUAUCACACACACCUACCAGGCAGGAAUAUACCCGAGAAACAGCCGCGUCCCGGUUCUCCCCGCACCGCAGCCUUACCCACGACUCCCAGCGGAACCUGAAGUGCCAGUAGUACCAUGUCCAGGUCAACGGGGGGUGGCGUCAACGAUGUCACCCGCUAUCUUACAUCGGGGACGGCGCCAGGGUCUCCCACCUCCAACCCCUCAUUCACUUCUUCCAGCCAGGCCGACUGGGCGGCCAAGAGGCUGGUGUGGGUGCCAUCAGAGAAGCAUGGGUUUGAAUCGGCCAGUAUUCGGGAGGAGCGCGGCGACGAGGUGGAGGUGGAGCUCACAGACAGCCAGCGGAAGUUGACUCUGUCCAGAGAGGAGGUGCAGCGGAUGAACCCUCCUCGCUUCAGUAAAGUGGAGGACAUGGCCGACCUCACCUGCCUCAACGAAGCCUCAGUGCUGCACAACAUCAGAGACAGAUACUACUCUGGUUUGAUCUAUACUUAUUCAGGCUUGUUCUGCGUGGUGGUGAACCCUUACAAGAACCUGCCCGUCUACACAGAAUCCAUCGUGGAGAUGUACCGCGGCAAAAAACGCCACGAGAUGCCCCCGCACAUCUAUGCCAUAUCAGAGGCCGCCUAUCGCAGCAUGCUACAAGACAGAGAAGAUCAGUCGAUCCUCUGCACAGGCGAAUCUGGAGCUGGGAAAACGGAGAACACGAAGAAAGUCAUCCAGUAUUUGGCUCACGUUGCCUCCUCCCAUAAGGGUGGCGCUAGGAACAAGGAAGCCAUGCAGAGUUUACAAUAUGGCGAGCUGGAGAGACAACUGCUGCAGGCCAACCCCAUACUGGAGGCCUUCGGCAAUGCAAAGACUGUCAAGAAUGACAACUCUUCUAGAUUUGGUAAAUUCAUCCGCAUUAACUUUGAUGUGGCGGGAUACAUCGUUGGUGCCAACAUUGAAACCUACCUCCUUGAAAAGUCUCGGGCCACUCGUCAGGCCAAAGAUGAACGGACAUUCCACAUCUUUUACCAGUUGUUGUGUGGAGCUUCAGAACAAACAAGAGCGGACCUGCUCUUAGGAACUGCUGACGAGUACCGUUAUCUCAGUGGAGGUUCCAUCCCAGUUCCAGGGCAGAGCGAUUCAGACAACUUCACUCAGACCAUGGACUCUAUGGCAAUUAUGGGCUUCACCCCAGAAGAAUCAAUAUCCAUGCUGAAGGUGAUCUCCUCUGUGCUCCAGUUUGGGAAUAUAAGCUUCACGAAGGAGAAGCACCAUGACCAGGCCUCCAUGCCUGAUAACACAGCUGCUCAGAAACUGUGCCACCUGCUGGGCAUCAAUGUGCUAGAGUUCACUCGUGCCAUCCUCACGCCUAGGAUCAAAGUUGGCCGAGAGUAUGUGCAGAAGGCCCAGACGAAAGAACAGGCUGACUUUGCUAUAGAGGCCUUGUCGAAGGCCUCGUAUGAGCGUCUGUUCAGAUGGCUGGUGCACAGGGUCAACAGAGCUCUGGACCGCAGACAGAGACAGGGAGCCUCCUUCAUAGGGAUCCUGGAUAUUGCUGGAUUUGAGAUCUUCCAGCUAAACUCCUUUGAGCAGUUGUGCAUUAACUUCACCAACGAGAAGCUGCAGCAGCUCUUCAACCACACCAUGUUCAUCCUGGAGCAGGAGGAGUACCAGCGGGAGGGCAUUGAGUGGAACUUCAUUGACUUUGGCCUGGACUUACAGCCCUGCAUUGACCUCAUUGAGAGACCGGCCGGCCCACCCGGUGUUCUGGCCCUGCUGGAUGAAGAGUGUUGGUUCCCUCGGGCGACAGACCGCUCAUUUGUGGAGAAGCUGUCUGCUGAGCAAGGCACCCACCCAAAGUUCUUCAAACCAAAGCAGCCACGUGUGGAAGCGGACUUCUCCAUCAUUCACUAUGCUGGAAAGGUGAACUAUAAGGCAGAUGAUUGGUUAGUGAAGAACAUGGAUCCUUUGAACGACAAUGUGGCAUCCCUACUUCACCAGUCUUCUGAUACUUUUAUCUCAGAACUCUGGAAGGAGGAUAUCCAAACUCUUCCUCGUGUUUACUUCUUUGAUUCCUAUGCCACACUACAGGCUAAUGGCUCCGACAUGGACCGGAUCAUAGGUCUGGACCAGGUGUCGACAGGAGAGAGCAGCGGGCCGGUCUCAUUCGGUGCCGCGGGACUGAAGACAAAGAAGGGAAUGUUUAGGACUGUCGGUCAGCUUUACAAGGAGUCUCUCACCAAGUUGAUGGCCACACUGAGGAACACCAACCCCAACUUCCUCCGCUGCAUCAUCCCUAACCACGAGAAGAAGUCAGGUAAGCUGUCCCCACAUUUGGUUUUGGACCAGCUGAGGUGUAAUGGAGUUCUGGAGGGGAUCCGAAUCUGCAGACAAGGCUUCCCUAACCGCAUCCCAUUCCAGGAGUUCAGACAGAGAUAUGAGAUCCUGACUCCUAAUGCUAUCCCUCGCACCUUCAUGGAUGGUAAACAGGCAUCAGAACUCAUGAUCAGGGCUCUGGAGCUCGAUCACAACCUUUUUAGGGUGGGUCAGAGUAAAGUCUUCUUCAGAGCUGGAGUCCUGGGUCAUCUGGAAGAGGAAAGAGACCUAAAGAUCACUGACACCAUCAUACGCUUCCAGAGCGCUUCAAGAGGCUACCUCGCACGCAAAGCCUUUUCGAAGAAGCAGCAGCAGCUCAGCGCUAUGAGAGUGAUGCAGAGGAACUGCGCUGCCUACCUCAAACUCAGGAACUGGCAAUGGUGGCGGCUGUUCACUAAGGUGAAGCCCCUGCUGCAGGUAACCCGGCAGGAUGAGGAAAUCCAGGUAAGGGAAACUGAGCUCCAGAAGGCAAAGGACAACCUCACCCGAGUGGAGCUGAACUACACUGAGCUGGACAAGAAACACCUUCAGCUGGUGGAGGAGAAGUCAGUGCUGGCUGAUCAGCUGCAGGCGGAAGCAGAGCUGUUUGCAGAGGCAGAGGAGAUGAGAGCCAGGCUUGCCAGUCGGAAACAGGAGCUGGAGGAGGUACUAGGCGAGCUUGAGAGUCGACUGGAGGAGGAGGAGGAGAGGGGCGUGCAGCUGACCAAUGAGAAGAAGAAGAUGCAGCAGAAUAUACAGGACCUGGAGGAGCAGUUAGAGGAGGAGGAAAGUGCCCGACAGCGCCUCCUGCUGGAGAAAGUUACCUUGGAGACUAAAGUGAAAAGUCUGGAAACUGACCUGCUGAGUACUGUGGAGCAGAGAGACCGACUGAGCAAGGAGAAGAAACAGUUUGAGGAGCGACUAAGUGAGGUCACUGACCAGGUCACUGAGGAAGAGGAGAAAACCAAGAGUCUGACCAAACUCAAGAACAAACAGGAGGCUGUGAUCGCCGACUUAGAGGAGCGCCUUAAGCGUGAGGAGCAGGGUCGCUUGGAGCAGGAGAAAUGGAAGAGGAGGAUCGAGAAUGAAUCAGUGGAAACCCAGGAGCAGCUGUCGGACCUGGGCAUGCUGUCCGCUGAGCUGAGGGGUAGUCUGUCGCAGAAGGAGAAGGAAAUCACCACCUUACAGGGCCGGUUGGAAGAAGAGGGUGCUCGUCGUUCUGAAGCGCAGAGGGCACUGAGGGAAGCCACAUCCCAGGUGUCAGAGCUAAAGGAGGAAGUGGAGAAUGAGCGAGGGAUGAGGGAAAGGGCAGAGAAGCAGAGGCGAGACCUGGGGGAGGAGUUGGAGGCUUUGAGAACUGAGCUGGAGGACACUUUGGACACCACAGCUGCCCAGCAAGAGCUCAGUGUCUGGCUGAGGAGAAGGCGGUGAGUGCUCGGCUCGCAGAGGAGAAGGACAGAGCUGAGGCAGACAGCCGAGAGAAGGACACAAGAUAUCUUGCGCUGUCCCGGGCCCUGCAGGAGGCCCAGGCAGAGGAGGAGCUAGAGAGAUCCAACAAGCAGCUCCGUGCAGAAAUGGAGCAGCUCGUCAACCAGCAGGAUGAUGUCGGCAAGAGCGUUCAUGAGCUUGAGCGGAGCCGGAGGACCUUAGAAACAGAAGCCCAGAACCUGCGAGUUCAGACACAGGAGCUGGAGGAGGAGCUGACGGAGGCGGAGAACUCGAGGCUGAGGCUGGAUGUCACCUUGCAGGCGCUCAAAGCUCAGUUUGAGAGGGAGAUCAGCACCAACGAAGAGAAGGGAGAGGAGAAGAGAAGGGCACUGAGCAAACAGGUGAGGGAGCUGGAGAUCCAGCUGGAGGAGGAGAGGACUCAACGCUCUCAGGCUGUGUCCUCCAAGAAGCAGCUGGAAGCAGAGCUGCAGGAAUCCGAGGCCCAGCUGGAGACAUCCAGCCGUGGCAAAGAGGAUGCUACGAAGCAGCUACGGAGGCUGCAGGGUCAAAUGAAAGAAGUUCUGCGGGAGCUGGAAGAGACCAAGUUGACUCGGGAGGAGGUGGUCACCCAGUUUAAAGACAGCGAGAAGAAAAUCCAAACCCUCGAGGCAGAAGUCCUGCAAUUAACAGAGGAACUGUCUGUAUCAGAGAGACAGAAGAGACAGGCUCAGCAGGAAAGAGACGAGGUCGCUGACGAGAUGUUCAACAGCAGCUCUGGAAAAACCGCGUUGUUUGACGAGAAGCGGAGGUUAGAGGCUCGGGUCAGUCAGCUGGAGGAGGAGCUGGAGGAGGAGCAGACUAACGCUGAACUGCUGGCAGAGAGACAAAGGAAGAUGACUCUGCAGGUGGAGACGAUGACGGUGCAGCUGCAGGGAGAGAGGACUUUGGCCCAGAAGGCGGAGGCUGGCCGGGAGCAGCUGGAGAGGCAUAACAAGGAGCUGAAGUCCCGGCUUGGGGAGAUGGAGGGAGCAGUGAGGGGCAAACACAGGCUCAGUGUCGCCGCCCUUGAGGCCAAGAUCGAGUCAAUGGAGGAGACAGUGGAACAGGAGAGACAGGAACGAGCCAUCGCCAACAAACUGGUGCGAAAGACUGAGAAGAAACUGAAGGAGGUGAUGAUGCAGGCAGAUGAAGAGAGGAGACAUGCAGACCAGUACAGAGAACAGCUUGAUAAGUCCAUGGUCCGACUGAAGCAGCUGAAGAGGCAGCUGGAGGAGGUGGAGGAGGAGAACUCUCGCUCCAACGCCCAGAAGAGGAAGCUGCAGAGAGAAAUGGAGGAGCUCACUGACAACUGUCAGACCAUGAUGCGAGAGAUCGCCUCGCUCCGAAGCCAGCUCAGCAUCCCUGAAUGGAGACCAGAAAUGCGUGUUCCGUUGAACCUGGCGAUGCGUGGACGCAGAGCGUUGGUCGAUGACCUCUCAUUAGAGAACUCUGACUCAGAAGAGCCUCCAGCCUCUCCGACGCCCUCCUCUGGAAUCCCGGGAACUCAAACUCCCGCCUCUGAACACAGUCUGGACCCUCCACCCCCUUAUAGUGUCAACAACACAGAGUGAUGGACACGUAGACUCAGUCACACACAUAAAACGUAAACACACGCACACACCACACACACGCGCACACACACACACACACACUUACACACACACACACACCAACACACACACACACAAACAAACAUAUAGUCUGGACUAGUGGGGGGUGAAGGAGUGACACACAAACCCUACAUAAUAACACUAGUUUAUAAAAAGAAAUGGUAAGAAAGAAACAGAAAGACAUAUAAGAUGUAUAAGAAGUAUACGUCAGACGCUUUAACUAUAAAACAACCUGAUAUGUUAAGUACAGAAAAUGAUGUAAAAUUGAGAAUUUACAAAGGGGCAACUGGAAAUAAUUUUUGUUUUAUAACUAACUGUGACCUAAACUAAGCGACAUAACAGACACUGGAGAUUUCUACCUUACAUUGCAUCUCUGUAAUGUACUUCUAAGAAUCUAAACUCCAUCUCCCAGGGUUCCAAAGGGGAAAGUGAAUUGUUACCAGCUGAUUUCACGAUGCUGUACAGUGCUCAGAGAGCAGAAAACAUGGUGUUCAUGUCUUUUACAUUAGGAGGUAUUUCAAACCUAAGCCAUGUUUAACCCGUUGAUGAGGAUUGAAUAAAUACACAAUCUGAUUUCACAAAGGGCUGCUGGAGGUUGAAAAUACUUCUGAGAGGUGUUAAGACAAUCUAUAUUAAUGUUACAUAGAAAAGCCAAUAAGAGGAAAUCAAAUGAGGACAUGGAAAAGAGAGUUUCACUUUCUUUAUGAGCGUGUGUUUUGUGCAAAUGUGAUGGGGGUUUUUGACAUCUUAAUAUGGCAAUUAACUUUUAUUUUAAUAAUGGAAAUUGAAUUAUCUGGAAAACAGAAAGAAAAAAACAGUGAGGUACACAAAACAGUAUUUAAUCAAAUUUAGUUAAGUAACAUAUUGAUCUCAUUUUCAUGUCACAGGUCAGUUUCAGCUCAUUUGACCAUAAAAAGCAGUCCAUUGUACAUGCAGUCACACUAAAGGUGGGAUUAAACGAUAAAACCUUUUUCUAUAGAUUAGAAUGAGUAUGUUAGACAAUGCAGUAGUUUAUUAGAUUGUUUCUUUAACUAGAAUCUUAACAAAUUGCUUCAGAAAUCAGAAAUUUGUAUAAUUUAUAUGAAAUAUGACCUUAAGUUAUUGAUCACUGGUUGUUUCCUGUGCGGCUCAGUUUCGUGUCAGAAGUUGCUUUGAUUAUUUCUGCUCCUACUGGCACUGCAUGUUGGGUCACGUGUGUUACAUGUCGGGCAGGUUUGCCUCGUUUCACUGAGCGUAACAGUAUCGGGUCUCUUUGCAUGGAUGACCACUGGGGUUAGAGUCGUUGCUGGUGUAGAAAUCAACAACAGCAACACAACUGCUGCUGUAUUAAUUUGUUUCUACCCAAAGCAACUCAAUACAUCUUUUGUUUUUCUCGUUUUAGACUGAUAAAACAUCACAUUUUAUUUUGACACACAUCUUGUACAUUAUAAUUUUGCUUUUUACGGACUAACUGUGUAAAUUAUUGAUCAAACAAUGCUUUUCUUUUUAACCAAAUGGUGGGCGUAUGGAUGAGAAAAAGGGAUUUAGAGCUGUAGUAAACGUAGAAUAGUGGUCAAGUAGAGUAGAUGGGAGGAGUAGAGGCCGGUGAGGUGUUCAAGUCUCAUCCAGUGACUCUGCUGGAGGAUUUCUUCAGUAGAAUAACGUCGCACUCUGCUCACAGCUCCUGUUUAGACCAUUGUAGAAAUAAGUGAGCACGAGACUCAAAGCAUUUUCAGAAAGUAGUAUUAGAUAAAAAAGACAAUGGAGGCACUGAGGAGUUCAUGUUUAUAAAGCAAACAGCAAGUAGAACAAAUAGUAGAUUUUUUUACCCUAGAUAUCGAAAGUCAAAAUGGCAAACAUUCGUGUGCACCAAACAGAUGGAGUUUGAUGAUGACCCGGCUGUGAAAAACAGUUUUGAGGUUAAUCCUCUGAAUUUUUUUAUCAUUUAAAAGAUGAAGGUCAUUUUAAUUUAAUUUACUUUAGUUCGGGACCUUCGUCAGCACCUGUUGCCUGUCACAGCUUUAAGACUGAGGAUGUUCAUGUGGUGUCUGCAAACAGAAAUGUUUGAAAGGAAUAGCUCAACAUGUUGGUUAGUGGACCUAUUUGUUUAUUUGACCGUUAAAUGUGAAGAUUAAUUUACACCUUUAUGUGCUGCUCCAUUUCUUACACAGAUGCUGUAAGCACAGAUUCUGGAAAUCACUGCUGCAGGUUAAAAGUAGUCGGACAAAUGAUUCCCCGUCAAACAGCUUCGGACGUUUCCCCCAUGAUGUUGACCUGUUCCUUUGAUGAAUUGAGACAUGCUGCUUAAAUUAGAAAGAAUGUCGCUGGCGCUUUAACUCAUAAUUGGAACUAAAUAACGAUUGUGUAGCUAAACUCUUACAUAUUAUGUUCCUGGAAUUUCUCGAAUGUUUUGUUUUCUAGAUUUAUGUUGAUACUUUAUGGCAAAGGGUUAAUGAUCCAGCUGGUGUUUACAGUUGAUGACACACAGGACCAGUACAGUACAGUUCUCUGUUAUCAGGGUUGUUCUGAUUGCCCCUUUCUCUUCUUCCUUCUGUUUAAUUAACAGGUUUAUAUUGCACUGAGAAAACAAGACCACUAAGUGUGUGCACUACUCUGCAGGCCUGAUGUCCAAUGUGUAUCAUAGCUUUUUGCCACCAUAAUGCACAGUUAGUGACGGCGGAAGAAAGAUCCGACCAGUCGGGUCGAGAAAGAGUUUGACUACUGUGGACAUAUAUUUAACACCCUACCAAAGGGUUACAUUUUUUAAUUUCUGUAUGUACAUUUGUUUUAUUUUACUAAUAUGCAAAUGGUUUUGUUGGAAGCUGUGUUUUUUUUAAGAUAUUGUGUAAAUGCUGCACUUUACACACUUACCAGUGAGGACAAACACAGGCGUGCUUUGUCAGGUUAUAAUUUAUCCCAAGGAGGCUGACACAGCAUAAAGCCAAAUGAGCUGAUAUUUUUGUCGCUCUGUACGAUUCUCCUAAAUGUUCUGAUCUCAAAAUGUCAUAUCAUCGUCUAAGCGUCACGCCCUGAUCGACCGAAAUCUGAAGAGGCGUGGAGUGAACCGCUGGAACGAGAACAGAUGGCUUCUGUUCACCUGUAGCAAGAGACGAGGCUGGUGCUUCUCUGAGGUGUUAUUUUUCUCUGCGUGUUUGUCUAUGGCUACUCUGGAACUUGAAACAUUUUUGGAAACAUGUUUUACUGUUUUAGCCUUUUAUUGUUUGUUAAUGAUGCUGUAAUUAUAAAACAUUUGACUGGGGUUAACUUUAAUAUAUGUUGUUGGUUUUGA